AUAAAAAUGCAGGUGUACGUCGUGUACAUGGGAGCCCUACCGGAGAGCCAGUAUUUUGCCCAAUCUCACCACCUCAGCAUUCUAGGACAAGUUCUAGAUCGCAGCUCUGCAGCAGAUUCCUUGGUAUAUAGUUACCAGAGAAGUUUCAACGGAUUUGCCGCCAGGCUUACACAUCAAGAGAAACAAAAGAUUGCAAGUAUGGAAGGUGUGGUGUCUGUGUUCGAAAGCAAAGCUCAACAGCUUCAUACAACAAGAUCAUGGGAUUUCAUGGGAUUUCCUGUCACUGUGAAACGAAAUCCAACGGUGGAGAGUGAUUUAAUAGUCGGUAUGCUUGACACUGGAGUAUGGCCAGAGUCCGAAAGCUUCAGUGGCGAUGGAUUUGGCCCACCUCCAAAGAGAUGGAAGGGCACUUGCAAAUCUGCCGGAAAUUUCACAUGCAACAAUAAGUUGAUCGGAGCUCGAUUUUAUCCAAUCGACCCAAAAGAUAAGAGUGGUACAGCCAAGGAUGAUGAAGGACAUGGGACCCACACGGCUUCCACUGCAGCUGGCCGUGAAGUGAAGGGUGUAAGCCUUUUUGGCUUAGCCCAGGGGACUGCAAGGGGAGCUAUGCCAUCUGCAAGGAUCGCUGUCUACAAGGUCUGUUGGCCCUUUGGUUGCUUUGAUCAUAGCAUCCUGGCCGCAUAUGAUGAUGCUAUUGCCGACGGUGUCGAUAUUCUCUCACUUUCGUUGGGGUCAAAUGUUCCAAAAACACCAUAUGAUGAAGAUCCGGUUGCAAUCGGUGCUUUUCACGCCAUGCGAAAAGGUAUCCUCACAUCACAAUCUGCCGGUAAUAGCGGCCCAGAUCCUUCAACACUACUGAGCAAUGCCCCAUGGAUCUUAACGGUGGCCGCGAGCAGUACUGAUCGAAGGCUCAUCAACAAGAUUAAACUUGGAAGUGGCAAGUCUUUUGUGAGUAAUGCUAUCAGCACAUUCAAGUCGGGUGGAAGGACACAUCCUUUGAUCUACGGUCCUUUGAUCUACAGUGGGAAUGCUUCUGGUGGUUGCAACGAAGGAGGGGUUAAGGGUUGUUCUGCUGGCUGUUUGGAUGAAAAAUUAGUAAAAGGGAAGAUUAUUGUAUGUGACACACAGAAUUAUGGCCGAGAACCAUUUGUUGCAGGGGCAUCUGGAAUGCUAAUGCCAAUACAACAAACCGAUUUCUCUUUUGUUUAUCCAUUGCCUUCUGGUAUUGUAAGCAACGAAGUGCUUGAUGAAGACAUCAUAGUAUACAUAAACUCCACAAAAAAACCAAAAGCCACCAUAACAAAAACUCGGGCCAUCUACGACUCUGCAGCUCCCGUCGUUGUCUCGUUCUCAUCGAGAGGGCCAAACACAAUCUCGAGAGACAUUCUCAAGCCGGACAUAAGCGCUCCUGGAGUGGACAUCUUAGCUGCAUUUUCACCUUUUGUUUCAAUCUCUGAAGUGGACGAAGAUUCAAGAUCUGUGAAGUAUAGUAUAUUAUCUGGAACGUCCAUGGCAUGUCCCCAUGCUACCGGUGCAGCUGGAUAUGUGAAGUCGUUCCACCCGAAAUGGUCGCCGGCAGCCAUCAAGUCUGCUCUCAUGACCACUGCUUCCUCAAUGAAUGGCAACAUGACUAUAUUCGCCUACGGUGCGGGCCACAUCAAUCCGGUCAAGGCCACCGACCCCGGCCUAGUCUACGAUACCGAAGAAGCCGACUACAUAAAAUUGCUAUGCAAUGAAGGUUACAACACGACGAAGAUAGGGCUCAUAGCAGGGCAUAAAAUCACAUGUCCCACCACAAACAGGGCCACAAAGGAUCUUAAUUACCCUUCAAUGACAAUGUGGAUCCAAGAAACUGGUCCAUUUACAACAAGUUUCUCUAGGACGGUCACCAAUGUGGGGUCCACCAAUUCAACAUAUAGGGCGACGAUUAACUCGCACCCUCAACUCAAUGUCAUUGUUAGCCCUAACGUGCUAAAGUUCAAGGCAUUGGGUGAGAAGCAGAAAUUCGUUGUGAUGGUCACUGGGGUGGUGACAAAUGACGGUCCAUCAGUUCUAACCAGUUCGAUUGUAUGGUCUGAUGGUGUCCAUAAUGUGAGGAGUCCUAUAGUUAUGUAUUCAAGCAAUGCGAUGUGA